UCAGUGAUCUGACGUUCUUGUUUACUAUAUUGUAGUUAGACACUAACAGAGCAAAUAAAGGGAUGUCAUUCGCACGCAUACUGGCAAUAUGGAAUCAAAAAUCGUCACCUGUGUGUUGUUGGAUCUCUAAGAUAUACGUUACGGUGAACGGUGCAGAAAAUGCAGGUACACUAAAUAUUUUUGUGCUAGAAUCGCCACCAGAGCUAUUAAGGAUGGCACUCGGUCCCCUUACAAUAGAGACAGAGCCGGUCGAGGAGGAACCACUAUUAAAGGUAUUCAACGAUCCCAUCCAUGGGUCUAUAGAACUACCUGCUAUCUGUGUUGCCAUCAUCGACACUCCUGAGUUCCAAAGACUUCGCCACAUCAAACAACUGGGACUCACGUGUCUCGUGUAUCCUACUGCCGUCCACACCCGCUUCGACCAUUCCAUAGGGGUAUGUCACCUGGCUGAUGAAAUGGUGCAGGCCCUCAGGAAACGGCACGGACCAAAGGACAGUCGUCCUAUUGACAUCACGGAGGAAGAGCACCUCUGUGUCAUGAUCGCUGGACUCUGCAGAGAUCUGGGUUUCGGACCGUUCUCGCAUCUCUUUGAUCAAAGGUUUAUGCGGAAUAAGGAGAAAGACUACACACCAGGGGCUAUGUCAGCAAAAAUCUUUGGGGAAAUCUGCAAAAAGCCAAGAAUCGAGAAGCUCCUUCAGGAAAACAACCUAGAAAAGGAGAUUAAGUUCAUCCAGGAGUUGAUUGAUCCUCCUCCAGGUUUAUGGGAAAAGGAUAGCACAAGGACAGCAUACAAGACCCGGUGGUUCUGCGAAGGACGAGGCGAGGACAAGAGCUACCUCUACUUGAUCGUGAAGAACACGCUGAAUGGAAUCGACGUGGCCAAGUGGGACUACUGCGCACGGGACUGCCACUUCCUCGGCAUCCCCAACAGCUUUGACCAUCAGCGCCUGCUCAAGUUCUCAAGGGUGUUAGAGUGGGGAGGGCGUUCCGAGAUAUGCUUCAAAUUUAAGGAGGCCUUCAACUUGUAUAACCUGUACCGGAUGAGGCAUGUACUUCACAUGCGAGCCUAUCAGCACUCAGCGAAGAAUGCCGCCGAAAUCAUGUUUUCAGAGGCAUUGGAAGAAGUGGACAAAUCAUUGACUAUAGCUAGAAAGGACACAGGACUGAACAUGCUCUUUGGUGAAGGGAAUCUGUCUGGCAGAGUUGACAACGUGCAUGACUUCUUGUCCCUGACGGACGAUAUCUACAGAAGGAUCUUGCUCUGUCCUCCUCAUCCCGACAUCGACAGUGCAAGGGCGAUCCUUCAGAAGAUUGAUGAACGACAGUUGUACAAGCUAGUCGUAGAAGCAACGUACAGUGCCAAAGUCAAGGAGGACGAGAUUUCACUCAGUGCAUGGAAAGCCCUCGGCAUUCAAAAUUUAGACUCCCACGAAAGAUUGGCCUUUAUUGAGACCGUUUAUUUCGAUUAUGGCGUGAACAGAGAGGAACCCCUGAGGAAUGUUCACUUCUUCACUAAGUGCGAGCCGAACGUGCCUUUCUUCCUUCGAAAGGAACAGGAGCCACGAGUACUCCCAGAGAACAUGUUGGAGCGGAAAAUAAGGGUCUAUUGCAAGAGCACGGAGACUUCUUGUCGGGACAACAUCCAUGAAGGCCUGAUGCAGUGGUGGACUGAACAAUACCAGUCAGGGGCCAUACUUUCCACGCCUCCAAAUGUAAUAUGUCCGUCAACGCCUGCGUCCAGUCAAAAGACAUCCCCAGACUUCAAAGCCAACGUCCACAAACGGGAGCCGCAUUUAGAAGAAAACCGUGCAAAACGACAUCUCAGUAGGGAUUUGGAAGAUCUUCCAUCAACCUCACAGCAAUCCAGGAGAUCAGAGCGAAUUGCAAAAAAGAUGAGAACCGAAGAGCAGCAUUCUGAGCCAACAAAAGAUACAACGACUAUUCAAGAGGAAGCACUGAAAAAAUCUUUCCACGUAGUCGUAGAAAACGCACGUGAUAAUUGGAAAGAAAUCGGCCGACGCCUUCAGUUCACAGAAACCGACAUUAACAGCAUCGACCAGAAGGAACGUGGAGACUGCACGGAGUGCAUGAGGACUGUACUUCAUCGAUGGACCGCUCGCGAAGGAAAGCGCGCUACCAUCUUUCGGCUGAUGGAGGCGCUUAAAGCAGCCAGAAAUGUGGAUGUCAUGGAAAAAGUCAGUGAUAUUGCAAAUGAAUUGGAAUUGAAGGAAUAAUUGAAGGAAAAAUGGAACGUUCACAGAUAAAAGUUCGAUAGGAGUCUCUAAAGGUACUUUAAAUGCAUUUAAGUUCGCGGGGAUAUAAUUUCGUGGGAGCGGGAAAUGUAGUGUUCGCAGUGGUUAUGAUUUCGCCAUAGCGCCAUCCGGAUCCGCGAACUUGAAUGCAUUUACAGUACUGUACUCUAGUCACAAACUGAUAUGAAAACCCGGUGCCUCUACGAACCGCCAGUCGGAAACCACUUACUAGUUUCUUGGCAAGUGUGCUACAAACGGACAGAUCAUUGAACUGUUCAUUCUUGACAUUGACAGUGCUGACGUGAUCACCUGUCACUGAUUUUACUCUCAAUUUGUAGUACCGAACUACUUAUCUAUCAUGGUGUUGUGCAGUAUGUCGUAUGGAGAAAUGCAUGAAAGCGUACUCAAAACAUUUAGGUAUUCGUGUGUCUUUACCGCAUCAGGUACCUCAAACAUUUAAUUAUAUAAUACUGUGCCAAUGUACAUUGCAUACAAGUAGCGAGAAGGAACAGAACUCAGAAGACAGAAGGGAAAUGUUCGCAGUAGUUGUGAGUUUCAUUGUGAGAGGCAUUUACAGUAACUGAUACGAAAGCUUCAUGUCAUUCUGGUAUAGAACGACUUCUUUAUCGUCCAGUGAACGUCAAGCUGUUACCUAAUAAGGAAGACCUGCCUAUUCCCCAAUAGAAUUUGUUGUUUUUUUAUUAAGCUUGUGAUACACUAUCAGUACUCUGUCUAAGUUUCGUGAAAGUAAUUCUUCUUACAUUUCAUGUUGUAGGACCCUCUAGUUGUCAUCAUUUUAGUGUAAACAGUAUUGUAAUGAUACGAAGGUACGAUACGAUCGACUGUUGACAUGUUAUAUCCAGGUUCCCAAAUGGUGGCAUCGUCUCAAGUUAUUUUCAUGUAUUUUGUUACUGUUAUGUACUUUGUACUAUGUAUGUAAAAUUGUGUAUAUAUUAUUAUAAGACUCAUUAGGACUUUUAAUGAUGUAAACUGUAUAUACUUUGUCUGACCCUGGCCUCUUACCUCAUGACCUCAAUGAAAAGCGGCCUGCAGGCCGAUUUGAGCUUUCAUGAAUAUACAAAGGUUCAAACAAAAUUUACUCACCUGAGUCUCCUACCACCAUUCUUGAUAUAAUAGUACCAAUACACUGACUAUCAAGUUUAUCUUUGGGCUGUACGAGAUUAAUUUUCAUUUCAUUUGUGACCGAAUGCAUAACGUUUAACUACGCAUUUAGUAGGACAUUGGUGGGACAUUAAUCAAUAAACAAGU